AUGAAGCAAACUGUAUUAUUCUAUUGUACAUAUUAAUAUCAGCCAAUCGAGAAAUCUCUUUGGUCAUUAUGUCUCAUCUAACACGACCUCUGAGCCGACAACGAGAUCCUCCUCCCUCUUUAUUCCUUCAUCCAUCUCCAUCAGCAUCAAAUGUCUCCUUACCAAAUGCACCGCCGCCAACCGUCCCUUUCAUAGGGCAGUCAAACUUACGGCCUAACGCCGAGCGUGCUCCAUCUGUUAGAUCUGGACGGUCCGGAGCUGUAGUUUCUCAUCAUCGAGCUGGACUAUUUCCAGCAGAGAGCACUCGCGCGACAGGUGACCGUACUGACCUCUUAUGGUCCGAAAUGCAAGCGACAUUGGAAGAAGUCGAGCUCUCAGCUUCUGGGGGCACUCACGUGUUUGGCCCAGAUCAUGACCGCAAGCUAGCUGACUUGAGAGCCGCUCAAAUUGCCCUCGCUCAAGCCUGGGCCAGAAGUGAAGCAGAUGAUGUUAUAGACACAGCCCAGCUCGAAACUGUAGGGUCUGUAACUGGAUCUGAAGUUCGAAACAUGAAGGGUGCGCUCGGCGAUAACUCCAAGUCUGGUCCUGACGGCACAGAGAAGAGUGCCGUUGGAAGCAGCAGUAUAUCGCGACCGAACAGCAGCGGCACAGGAGUUGAGAGAUUGGGUCACAAGCUCGAGGAAGAGACAGAAGUGGAUAUCCUCCUCGCAAGGAAACGACGAGAAGCCAACGAUCGGUAUUUCCAGAGAGUCAACCAAGGUGUGAUCGACGUUGUAACCCGGCUUGAAGAUGUCGCAGUGGCUAUGAGAGCUGUUGAACAGGAAAGCAAGGAAGUUUGGAGCGAGAACGAUAGUGUUCCCGGUGCCUCGAGGACAUGAUCGUGUCAUACAGGUGAUUUCGGCAUUUCCAGCUCGGCGUUGACAGGAGUUAGGCGAUAUUUACUCGGCAUUUAUGGCGUUUCACAAUUUUGAGACAAACUCUUGGGAUAUUUUCAGACAUGCUUUUCUAGAAUAUCGUCAUAUCAAGAAUACUUUUACUUACGUUGUUGUUGGCAUGUUCCUGAAUCCUAU